AUGUAACUUUCUAGAAUGCAUUCCCUUAUAACAGAUUUCAUAAAUAUUUCAGUAACCUAUAAACUAAGCCAUAUUUUCUUCCAGCCUCCAGUGACUAAAAACCUAGUGACUAAUUGCAAACCUGUGACUGACAGAAUUCGUAAGGCAUACAAGGACAAAAACAAAUACAGGUUUGAAAUCAUGGGAGAAGAGGAAAUUGCCUUCAAAAUGAUUCGCACAAAUGUGUCUCAUGUAGUUGGUCAGCUGGAUGACAUACGAAAAAAUCCCAGAAAAUUUGUUUGCUUAAAUGACAACAUUGAUCACAAUCAUAAGGAUGCUCAGACAGUGAAAGCGGUGCUUAGGGAUUUUUAUGAAUCAAUGUUUCCUAUUCCUUCCCAAUUUGAGCUGCCAAGAGAAUACCGGAAUCGUUUCCUUCAUAUGCAUGAACUCCAGGAAUGGAGGGCAUAUAGAGACAAGCUGAAAUUCUGGACCCACUGUGUUCUAGUAACGCUUAUUGUAUUUACAGUCAUCUCAUUUUUUGCCGAACAGCCUUCUGUAUACACUGAAAACUCACCCUGCAUUAGUAACUUUAUUUUGGAAGGGAGUAUUCUACUCAGUAGGACAGCUAGCUAAUCGCACUUAAACGAAAGAUUUUUCCAAGAAGAAGGAUCCAAAAGGAAGAUGGUCAUGAACGAAUCAAAGUGUAGAAGAGCUUUAUUUUGGAGAUCAGACUACCUCAAGAUGUGAUAAGCAUUUAAAAUUCUCUCUCAUAAGUGUCUUUUAUGGUUUGAUAUUUAACUGAGUUGAUAUGAAGAAAAAAAAUCAUGCAUCUACAUUUAUAAUCUCUGCAGUACUCUAUGAUAUACAAGCUGCUGGAACUGUGACAGAAAGCUAAACACAAAUGGCAGGAGCCUGUGUAUAAGCAGAUUUCGACUGAUCUUACUUUACAAAUGUUGGUUCAUGGCCAUGCUAUCCUUUUUUAUAAAAAGGGUUACCUAAAGAAAUGUAGCUGCAUUUAUUGCAGUGGAUGUUGCCAACUACAUAUAAUGUUGGAAGGCAGAGUUGUUUGGGAUGAGCUUAACAGAUCCUUGAUCUUGCAUUCCGAAAGAUUUCUGCAGAAUUCUGUCACUGCUUUCUUUUUUUUCCUCCAGCCCUAUGGGAAUUAUGUAAUUUGUCAUUUACCCUUAGUCUACAUUUAAAUGACAUUGGCAUUCCUUAAAGCACAGUGACAAUUCACUCCCCCCAAUUUGUAGUAUUUAAUUGGAAUUUCGAAGAAAUGCAUGCUAAUAAGAAUACACGGUAACAGAACAGGUAAUGGUUAUUUUAAAGUUACUUUACAUUUUGGUGUAUUAUCUGGUGUAUUAUAUUCCAAAGAAUACAGUGGGUGUUGUAUCUUGAUUACAAAGAGAGGGUUGUAAUCAAGUGAAAGUGAUUAAGUUAUACUGUUUUAAAAGCACUGUAAAUAUAACAACAAAAGUGCCUAUCUGAAUGGGUAAUGAACUGCUUUAAUGUAGCAAUGUGUGGGAGCAAUGUUUCACUUCAUAAAACAAUAUUUAUACUGACAAAUGAAGCUUUGUGGUUUUUUUUUUCCUAAGUUUCACAGGACUAGGCCCUGUAUUUGAGACAUCAGGCUGGUAUGAUUUUAUGUGGGGGGAAAAAAGAUACUUUUCAGGCAGAACUUUAUGGUGGUGUAUCUUCAUUGUACAAGCAGUAUUCAAAGAAUGCUUUUUUUUUUUGUAAUUGGGUGUACAAAAUGUAUGUGCAUAUGUAUUGUAAAAUAUUUGGUUUGCUUUGAAAUCAACUAAAAUGUGAUGAAAGGUUUGUCUGUUUCUGUUUUGGAGUACAACAAAACUCGCUCAUUUUGAUAAAAUAGCCAUUAAUGCUUAUAAAUCCUUUUAGUAAAGUACAGCGGGCAGUGACAGCUGAGGUACAAACACGAGCGCACCCCCACCCGCUGCAGGCGUGCGCAUGCGCUGUUGCUCUGCCUGCCGCCUUUCCCGCCUUUUUCUGGCGAUCGGGGUAGCGGGGGGACCGCGCUCAGCAGCAGACUGACAGGGCGAGGGAAGGCUGUGGGGCGAGGCAGGGCAGGUUCCUUACCGCCUGAUGUGGGGAGUGAGUCGGCGGUAGGCACUGGGAGCGUGGAGGGGGUCGUCAGCAGGCAGAGGGACGAGGCUGAAGGGUGGCUGGGUGGGGCUGAGCACCCCCUCAGCUGUGCGGCUGUGGGACUCACAGAUACUGCUUUAUUUCAGAUCUUUGCAGGCAGAGAAAAAUAAGGAGG